GCUUUUAUUUUGAAGGAAAACAAGUUGACUCAAGCUGCAGUCAAGAGCGCAUGCGUAGUGGGAAAAGCGGCACAAACAGAAAGCAGGAUGAGAGAAAAGGCAACGAUAUAGUGAGUGUCCACCUCCGGCGCUCAGACGCUGAACUCUGAACGCAGAGAGCGCCACAUGGAGGCGGUGCUGAAGAACUUGGCGAGCACGGCGGAGCUGCUUGCCGUGGCAGCGCACAGCAGUGUAGUGGAGCAGUGGGAUAAACAAACUCUGUCCAGAGCUUUUCACUGGGCACAAUACUGCGAACACCUGUUCUCCAGGUUUCACAAUAACCCCGCGAUUAGGAGGAUUGUGGAGAAGCAGCUGCAGCUCACAAAUCAAAGUUUACUAACUGCCUUCCCCGGAUACACAGAGGUCUCCUUCUCGGACCUCUCCCGGUGUCAGCACCUGUUACUUGUUGGACUGUUGAGCAAUCCUGAGCUUCCCAGCUCCAUCAUGAAGACACUGUUUGACACUAUGAGUCCUGUAAACACCAAGCAGAGUGAAUAUCAGGAUGUUACUGGCUUGUGCAGCCGCUUCAUUCAGUGCAAAUCAGCUUGUAAAAUCCUGAGUCCUCUCACACUGUCAGCUGUUGGUGUUGAUGCUGAGGUGCAGGGGGUGAUGCUGAUGGAGAGGCUGGGUGAUCUGCUGAGCCAAGGCAGUGAAGCCUGUCGGACAGAGCACUUUUUAGACUCUGUCCUCCAGGGAUGUGAAGGAGCAGCAGAGCAUUUCUGUCUGGUCAUCGCUGCAGCUCUGCUGACAACAAAAAACUCAGGUGCACAAACUGCAUCGCAGAAUUUUCUCUUGGACUGGCUGAAGAAAAAACCCAGUGUGCUGCUGCACAUGUGUUCUGCACUACCUACUACACUUCUUUUAGACCUGGCUAAAGAACACCUGAAAUUCAGAGAUGCUUACUAUGAUGUGCUGAAAACGUGGGCUUCUGAUAUGGAGUACAGCAUAAGUGACGGUGAAUGGGUUCAAACCUGUUCAGACCGAACAGUGUCCUUCCAGAGACUCACUAAGCACUUCCUGGCCUUGUUUGAGGCCUGUCCCUCUUUGAGCGAGGAUGGAGAAAAAGAGCUUAAUGCUUUGAAAAUGUCUGAUGGAGACUUUGAUGUCAGAGGUCUGAGUGUUUGGGGAGACCUCCUGUCAGCAUUACACAAGUGACUCAGUCAGUCUUGGAGCUUCUUCACAGCUGGAAGAGAUGCCCAAAAUAUAGACAAAUGUAUAUAUUGAUGCCUUGAUACAAUGUUUGACUAUGGCUGGGUAUUAAACAUGAAUACUUUAUUGAUACCAAA